CGCGCCCUGCACAACCCCAUGUACUUCUUCCUCACCAACCUGUCCCUGGUCGAUAUCUGUCUCCUGUCCACCACGGUCCCCAAGAUGCUGGACAACAUACAGACCCACAAGAAAUCUAUAUCCUACACUGGCUGCCUGGCCCAAACGUAUUUCAUCAUUCUGUUCGGAAGUUUGGACCACUUUCUCCUCACCGCGAUGGCAUAUGACCGCUACAUGGCCAUAUGCCACCCCUUCCACUACACCACCAUCAUGAGCCCACGACUCUGUACUCUGGUGGUUGCUGGGUCCUGGCUCGUCAGUUCCCUCAAUGCCCUGAUACACACCCUAUUGGUGGCUCGCUUAUCCUUCUGUUCCAAUCGUGAAAUUCUUCACUUCUUCUGUGAACUUUACGAGGUCCUAAAGCUUUCCUGUUCUAGUAUCGUCAUCAACAAAGUAAUGAUUUUUGUCCUUGCAGUAGUGAUUGGGGUAGGUCCCCUCACCGGGAUCCUGUCCUCUUACAUUCGCAUCAUCUCCACCAUACUGAGAAUCCCAUCUGCAGGGGGAAGGUGGAAAGCUUUCAGAACCUGUGGUUCUCACCUGUCCGUGGUUACUUUAUUCUACAGCACCACUUUUGGGAUCUACCUUUGUCCACCAUCUACCCAAAUAUUCAGUAAAGGUACGAUAGCAACUGUGCUGUAUACAGUGGUCACCCCCACAUUGAAUCCCUUCAUCUACAGCCUA